AUGCGCUGUGGCGGCGGUGGCGCCGCCGCGGCAGGGCUGAGGCUGUUCGGGGUGCAGCUCCGUGCCGCCUCAACAAAUGGCGUUCGCGCCGCUGCCGCUCCGCCGGCGCCGGCGUUGCAGCUGCACAGGAGCUACAGCGUGGACUGCUGCCUGGGCGGCUGGCCCCUGCCUGUCGCGCCGUCGGGCUUGCUCCUGUCAAUCGACGAGUGCUCGGCCGAAAGAGCCGGCGACGGCGGUGGCUACCUCUCCGACAACGGCGGUCGCGGGUCGGCAGCGUUGCGGGAGAGGAAGAAAGGGGUCCCGUGGAGCGAGGAGGAGCACCGGCUGUUCCUGGUGGGGCUGGACAAGCUGGGCAGGGGCGACUGGCGCGGCAUCUCCCGGGGCUUCGUCACCACCAGAACGCCCACUCAGGUGGCCAGCCACGCCCAGAAGUUCUUCCUCAGGCAGAACAGCGCCGGCGCCGCGAAGAAGAGCAGCAAGCGCCGCUCCAGCCUCUUCGAUAUGGUUCAGGAUUGUGAGAGUGAAAACAGACACGUGGUGCUUGUCGUCUCCAACCCGUCAGGUUGCAAGGCCGUCGGCACCUCGAACUCUCUGUCUCCGAAGGCAUCAGUUUCAGAGAUGGACGAGGAACAAGCUCAUGGACGAUACCACUGCUCCCCGCUGAACCUGGAGCUCGUCAUGUCUCUGUCACCGUCGAUGCCGUCCAUUGGAACCUAG